CCGUUACCGUUGCUGCAGCUUCUGCCGAUCAAUAAAGUUUUUUUUAUUGCGUGGAAUCCGGUAUCCAAACCCAGCAGAGUGCUGUGUAGGUAGUUCCAUGGACGGAAAAAGGAAACCCCUAGCAACUCUAAACAGCAGUAAUGUAUCGGAGCCACCAAAGAAAAAGCACGUAGUGCUAACGCUUCAACAGAAGCUGCAAGCGAUUCGGAGCGUUGAGAACGGAUCAACAGUAACGAAAGUUUCUCGGGAGUAUAACAUCGGAAGAACUACGCUUCUGGGUUUCAUCAAGAACCGGGAGACCAUUGAGAACACCGCCUAUAAAUACCAGGAGACCGGCGUGACGGAACGGCGCACGAUGAAAACAGCAAAGCUGGUUGCACUAGAGGAAGCUCUGUAUCUUUGGAUCUUACAGGAGCGUAGGAAGAAGCAUAUAUUAAUCCCGGAGAUAGUGCGAGCAAAAGCGGAACAAUUGUUUUCGAUGUUGCAGACUCGGAAUGUUUAUGAUUUGGAUGUUCAAUUUUCGUCGAGCAACGGAUGGUACGACAGAUUUAGGAAGCGGUACGGAUUGAAGAUGAUUGGUGUUGAAGGCGAACGUGCUUCUGCGAACGUUGAUGCUUUCGAACAGUUUAAAGUUAAUUUCAUUCAACAAAUUCAGGAGAAUCGUUACGAGAAAUGGGAAAUUUAUAAUGCUGAUGAAUCGGCAUUGUUCGUCAAGUUUACUUCCUUCUCGCACAUUGGUCUUGAACGACGAAGACAUUGCCGAAGGUAG